AUGUACUUUUAUUACGCGCUUACUGUGUGUGCGCGUCGUUAUGCUUGGUGGAGGAAGCACGUUACCCAAAUCCAACUGUUGCAGUUCGUCUUGGAUAUAUUUGUUAUGUUCUAUCAUCAGUAUCAAACACCGUGCCCUAUGCCAUUAUCUAUUCAUUGGUUUGCUGUGCUUACUACAGCUACAUUCUUUGGACUUUUUAUGGAUUUCUAUUUAAAAAGAUAUGGUAGUAAAAUUCAGAAGGUUAUAUAG